AUGGACGACCGCGGAUUCAUUUUAGACGGCGAUGCCACUGCGCAGGAUGUCUACAGCACCCUCCAUGGCGACGAGAUCCGCACCUUGCUACUCGCUCCAGGCGAUAAGGGCAGCCCUAUCCACUGUGAGCUGCAGGUGGUACCGUCUCCCAAAAGUACUCAAUUCGAAGCCCUGUCCUACGUCUGGGGCGAAACCAUCCCCUCCAAAGUCAUCUCGUGCAAUGGCUUUGACUUUCCCGUCACUGAGUCUCUAUAUACGGCGCUUUCUCAUCUGCGGUACCCGGAUGCCUGGAGAAGACUAUGGGUGGACCAGCUCAGCAUCAAUCAGAGUCAAGGAGAGGAGGUGAUGAAACAAGUUGGAUUAAUGGGAAGUCUGUAUUCCUCUGCGUGCCGUGUCAUUGUCUGGCUCGGCAAGUAUGACCAGAAGAUGGCUCUGGCCUUUGAACUGCUCCAGGAGACCUCUCUGAGUUUGAGUCUGGUGCGAUCCGACUUUCUGAAUUCGUCGAGUGGUCCCUCGACGCCCCGAACAAGAUCCCUCACCCCACGGGGCACAUCUAAGUCUCCCCGAAUGUCGCGAUAUCUCAGCCGUGCAUCGGGCUCGCGGGAAAGCCUCAGCAGCCUCUCCUCCUCAACCUCUAGCCUUAAUAGCUUGUCGUCUCCCCGGCCUAAGAACCGACGACACAGCACCCCUCCCACGUUGAAGCAUGCACUGUCGAUUUUUCAACAUGUGUACUUCACGAGGAAGUGGACAUUCCAAGAGAUCAUUCUGGCGAACGCCGCGAUCGUCUGCUGUGGCGACCUCGAAAUGGCAUGGAGUGACUUGUCUCUUUGGUACUUCCAUUAUGCUUCCAAAUUACGCAGCUCGAGUCUCUUGUACGACUCGGACGGUUUCUUUGAAAACAUUCUGACCGUUAGAAACGAGCUGGAAAAGGGCACACUGAAGCUGAGUAAGUUGCUCAUGCUGACCAGGCCAAGGACGAGCACGAAACCCGAAGACGCCAUCUAUGCCUUACUGGGUUUGAUGCCUGAUCUGCUCGAGGCUUUGAAGUCGAGACCGGGUAUUCCGCAGUCUUCAGGGACGUUAUCUUCCCAGGAGGAGGAUUUAUUUUACCUCUAUCUGAAGGUCUUUCUGUACUGCAUCGAUAAAGAGAACGACUUGGCUAUCAUCAGUGCCGCUGGCAGGUACAGGACCAACAUCCCAGCAGCCUGGCCAGGCUGGUUGCCGGACUGGAGACACUCCCUGCCGCUUCGACCCUUGAUCCUCACGGACUCUACAGAUCUCGAUUCAGAAGAUGCCUUUACCGAAAGCCCACCCAGAUCUGCCUCAUCCAUAUCGCAAGCUGGACAAUCGCCUAUCUACAGGUUGAAUCUCCUGCCAGGUUUGACAACUUCAUCGAUGCCGGCCAAAGCCUUUCUGACGGUAUUUGGUGUCCGAAUUGGCUGUCUGAUUACGCGUUCGCUCUCUUGGCCCAGCGUCUUCCUCGUCGCCGACUCGCUAGCCCAGACUUUGUUGAUCAGCAGAGCCGACGGAGGCCAAUUCACUCAGCCACUUGCAUCCCUCGCGCCAACAUUUUCCAACAAGCAGCAAAAAUCAAGCCAUGCUGCACAUCAUGGGCUCGAACAGGGAUAUGCGGCAUCUUUGCUACAGGCGUCACUCAGAAAUGGCGCACAAUGUCGUCCUAUCAUUUUCUUGAUGUUCACCAAGCAAGUGCGACGUCGGUGA